GCUCUUUCCAGGCGACGACCCACUCGACGACCCAUCACGAGGGCGCGUUCUGCUGGAGCAGUGCAGGCGCUUCCGACGGUUGCAGCAGGUCCACUUCUGUAUACAAUAUAGUUUAUGUGAUUUCACUGCUUCGUUGAUGAGGGGCCUUUCAGAGCACCUUACCUUCGAGCACGAACGACAUGCGAUCCUCGUUGGGUUUAUAAACGCAGAGUCUGUGUCGCCUCCUAACCCGAGCUCCAGCCGUCGUCACUUCUGAAACUCCAGCAACAGCAGGCCGUCCGCAGGCUCAGCGGCUGCGGUGGGCUUGUAUGUACAUUUUUCCUCCUUCUAAGAAGCAAGAAGCUCAAGGAUCGUGUACUUGAAGGCCUCCCAUUGCUGCUGCUGCUGCUAGUAUCCUGGGGACUGGCUGCUGCAAGAGAAUGGCGGCCUCUGGAAUUCUACUCGUGGUGCUGGCCCUGUGCUGCUGCUUUUGCGAGCAAGCUAAGGCCCAAGCAGUGCCGGCCCAGUUUGUAUUCGGAGACUCGUUGGUAGACCCUGGCAACAACAACUUCCUUCGGACUUCGCUGGCCAAAGCCAAUUACCUUUACAAUGGCAUUGACUUCCAGGGAGGACCCAGCGGGCGCUUCUGCAAUGGGCGAACUGUGGUCGACGUCAUGAGUGAGCUCACUGGCCUCCCUUACUCACCGCCUUACCUCGACCCAAACACGAAAGGUGCAGCUAUCCUCAAGGGAGUGAGCUACGCCUCUGGGGCUGGUGGAAUUCUGGAUUCCACAGGUUUCAACUACAUUGAGCGCAUUGGGAUGAAUCAACAGGUGACCUUUUUCAAAAACACGGUCUCUCAGCUCAAUGCCCAGCUGGGUCCUGCUGGAGCUACGGACCUGCUCUCGAAAUCCCUCUUUACCAUCGUGCUGGGAAGCAACGACUUCAUCAACAACUACUUGCUCAGCGCUUCGAGGAUACGCUUCCAGUACACCCCCCGACAGUACAACGUUCUCCUCCUCGACACUCUGUCGGCUCAACUUACGGCUCUGUACACACUGGGAGCACGAAAGUUCUUGGUGUCUGCUGUGGGACCCAUCGGCUGCAUUCCCGACCAGUUGUCCAAGGCGGGUUUGCCGACAUGCGUUUCCUCGACGAACGACCAGAUUCGAGACUACAACGUCGGCCUGCAAUCCAUGCUCAAGCAGCUGAACAACAACUUGCAGGGCGCCCAGUAUCUCUAUGGCAACGUUUAUGACAUGGUUGCCAGUAUGGUCGCCAAUCCUGGCUCUCAUGGUCUGACGGUCGUGAACCAAGGAUGCUGCGGGGGAGGAUUGUACCGGGGCCAGAUUCCUUGCCUUCCACAGGUUCCUCUUUGUACUAAUCGGGACCAGUACGUUUUUUGGGACCCUUACCAUCCCACGGAAGCGGCGAAUAUCGUAAUCGCUCGUGCUCUAAUGAACGGAGGGCCUAACGAUGUGUCACCUAUAAAUGUUGGACAAAUGAUUGGCAUGCACUGAAGAGAAACCGAGAACGGAGCUGCUAGCUAAUUCGAGGGACUUGUAAGAGUAGACUUUUAAGGAUUCUUUAUUAGGUAGUGGUAAUUGGAAGACGCUCUUCCUUCAAAUAUUAUCGUACAAUGUGAUGGGUAAAGUUCCCACCCAGUAGUAGCUCACUGAGAUCUGGUGCUGUCAUCGAGGUGCAUAUAAUUUCUAGUAGUGCCCUCCCUCCCUCCCUCUCUCCAUUGCACCUGUGUCUUGAACCAGAACAAAGUAGAAGAGUUUACAUGCUCGAGGUCCUGACGCCUUUGUAGCUUAAUAAAGGCUUAAUUUAAUGACACAAUCUUUCUGAUGACAGCGCCCUGCAUUUGGUGCUGAGUCGACACUUUUACUCC